AUGCAUCGGUUCAAUUAUUGUUUGGAAUCAUCAUGCGUGAAUGGUGUUUUAUUGCAUCAAAUUGACGGACACCGGCUAUAUGCUUGUUGUUCAUUAUUUGCAGCAUUUGGAUGUUGUCAACGUGAUAAUAUAUAUGAUGACGAUUAUACACUGCUUGAUAGAGAAUUGAUGAAAUUUUAUGUGAAACUUGAUGUACUCACUGCUGCUCCAUCUGUACUCAUUUUAAAAUCCGGUUUAAGAAUUUGUUCUAAUGGUGCUGCUAGAAUAAAUAUACCAAUAAUACAAGAUUAUGCUUAUUACGAAGUGAAACUACAAAAUUAUAGAGGGUCAUGGGGAAUCGGGCUGUGUACAGUAAAUACUCCAUUGGAUUCUGUCCAAUCGCUUACUGAUGAUUCGUCAUGUUGGAUACUUAGAAACGAUAUGAAAAUAUGGAGUCGUGGUCAUGUGAUUGGUCAGUUAAAACAAUCUGUUGAAGAGGGUGAUAUAAUUGGGGUGAUCUAUGAUAAAGGGGAAUUGAGAUUUACAAUCAAUUGA